AUGGCGACCACUCCGCCGCCUCCAUCGCCCUCUGCCUUGCGCAUGCCUGCAGCACCUCGACAUGGCCCUGCCUACGAUGAAUAUGAGCCCUAUCCCACGCGCGCUUCAGCCAGGCUGGCCAACCAACGAGUGACCCGAAUUGAGAAGACUCCACCUCCAAGUUCUCCCAGUGUUCGAAGCAGAGCCAUUGCUUCUCCCAAAAAGCAGCGCAAGGUAGAGGUGGAAGGGUUGUCACCUCCUAGAUCGACUCCAGGUAGCCCUCGGAAGAAGGCUAGACUGGGAGGUCACGCAGACACACACCCCACCACUUCUCACUCUCUUUCACACACGUCUGUGCAAUCCCGCCCUUCCCACUUGCAUCCCCCUACCUCUCGUUCCACCAUGGCUGGUGAUAUGCUUCCCACUCCUAUCAAAACUCCUUCCAAGAAAGCUGUGGAUGAUCAAUCUGCUGCUCGUGCUCUCUUUGCUCCCCCCAUGUCCACGCCCAAGAAAUCCAAGAAACACACGGGUUUCUCCCUCGAGAGUUUCAGUGAGGAUCUUGCUCCCGGCCAGCCAGCCAUCCAGAUCUACACCGACUCUCGUGACCGUAUCCCCACGAUGGACCCUACCGAGGACAACCCUUUCUACGCCAAACCUGCCAUGCCCAAUGCUUCGGAGAAGCAGCCCACCCGCACGUCCAAGAGACGUGCUGCAAAGCGCGACCCCGAAGUGGAAGGUUCGCUCAAACGGGACGACGGAAUCUACUGUGUGUUUCGCGGAAAGAAGAUCUUCAACCGGUUCAGCGAGGAGGCCGACAAUGAUGAUGAAGACCUGGGUCUGCUGGCUGCUCGUCCUGAUCUGAUGAACACCGACACCAGCGACCUCCUGACCAGUGUCCAGCCUCUCACUCGUUCUUCCAUCAAGCCCCGUGUGCUCUUCCCUACUGCCAGCAAGGAUGAUGAGUCUCACCACGAAGACGAGGCCACGGAUGUGGAGGAGAACGCUAAGGACGACCUGUCCACUCCUUCUCCCAAGUCCCCCCUAACCACUCCUGCCUCUCCCGGUGGCACCAUGCGCCUGCGCUCUGGUGCUCGCUUCGACAAGACCCAGGUGGAUGCCACCCCGACCAUGGUGUCUGACCUUAAGAAGACCGAGAAGAAGCCGAGCAGCCCCUUCGCCCGCUGGCAACGCAAGAAGCAGAGCCCGGAUGAUGGAACCAGCACCACGCCUAAGAAGCGUGAGGCUGGUCCAGUCUCCAGCUCCAGUGGCCCUGCUCCCAAGCGGACCCGGGGUGUUCGGUCGGCUUAA